AUGAGUAGUGUUUUCAGUGAACAGAUCCUUGGCGAUAAGCUUUCGAAGCUCAACAGCACUCAGCAAUGCAUCGAAACUUUGUCACAUUGGUGCAUCUUUCACCGUAGUAAAGCCGAACAAGUUGUUGCCACAUGGGACAAGCAAUUCCAUAUCUUGGAUAUGGCCCAUAAAGUGCCUCUUUUGUACCUUGCAAAUGAUAUUUUGCAAAACAGUAAGCGUAAAGGAAAUGAAUUUGUCACCGAGUUUUGGAAGGUUCUUCCAUCGGCACUUAAGGAGGUCAUUAGCAAAGGGGACGAGCGUGGAAAAAAUGUGGUGUCCAGAUUGGUGGGAAUAUGGGAAGAAAGGAAAGUUUUUGGUUCUCGUGCUCAAAGCCUUAAGGAUGUGAUGCUCGGAGAUGAAUUGCCUCCACCUUUGGAACUGAGGAAGAAACGUUCUCGUUCUGUCAGAAUAGUUAAAAAGGAUUCUCGAUCCAUAAAAACAAAACUGAGCAUCGGUGGCAUGGCCGAGAAAAUAGUUUCGGCUUUUCACUUGGUGGUCAGUGAUCACACCAAUGAAGAAGAGCAAAUGAGUAAAUGCAAGUCCACAGUCCAUCGUGUGAAGAAGAUGGAAAAAGAUGUUGAUGUGGCGUUAACAAAAGUGAAGGAUCCAUCACGUAAAACCCUAUCCAAAGAAUUGGAAGAGGAAGAAAAUCUUCUAAAACAAUGCAUUGAGAAGCUUAAAGAUGUUGAAUCAAAUAGAGUUGCACUCGUGUCUCAGUUGGGAGAUGCUCUUCGUGAGCAGGAAUCUGAAUUGGAAAAUCUACGGACUCAGAUGCAGGUAGCACAGGCACAAGUAGAAGAAGUUGCUGAGAUGCGCACACGUUUGGAUGAUGAAGAUCGUGCGUUCGACCCAAAGCAACCAACAACUGCAUCAGGAAACGGCAAAACCGAUCACCAAACGUCCAAAAAAUCAGCUGCUGCAAUUGCUGCCGAGGUUGCCGACAAACUCACUGCUUCCACCUCAUCCCAAUACAUAAUGACAUCUGUCCUCUCCACUUUUGCUGCCGAGGAGGCCCAAAAUGCUGGGUUCACCACAUCAAAGCCCGAAAACCACCAUGGGCCUGUUAUGGGCCCUGGAGUCUUCACCAACCCCCCACAGAAUAACAACCCAUACCAAUCGGUCAUGGUAGGCCCGCCGCCAUCAGCUCAAAUCUCCGGCUCGCAGACCCACUACCAUUCUAUUCCCAAUCCUUCUCUGCAGUAUGUGCAGCAGCCAUCUGGUGGCAUCACUGGCCCGUACGAGUACAAUGGGCUUGCGCCCUUGCCACCUCAUCCGGGUCCUCCAUCUUACAUGGUCAGCCCAAUGGUAUCUCUGGUGCAGCAGCCACAGCCCGCAAUGACUCAGCAGCAGAUGCCCCUGGGCCACCAACCGCCCGGGCCAGCUAGUUUUAGGCCUCUAACACCAAAUAUUCAAGCGCCUGGGAAUGGAAUGGUGUAUUAUACACAACCUUAUGGGUCACAGUAA